UGACAGUCGAUGCGUAGUGGAUGCGGACCGCGAAAGGCCGGGUCUCAACUUACACACGGAGAAGUCAUUUAUUCCACACGCAAACUAAAUCACAUUUCCACCGGACUGACGACCCUGUAUGUGUCUAGCCUGUGAACACGCUAAGCGAAGGCACCAUUAUCUCUUGUGCCGUGUGAGAUAAGCAUAUUGUACUGUAUAAAACUCGCGUGUACGUACGCCGGUUGUUUCAAUUGCUGCUCGGUGCUGAAGCGCGUAGGACGUCGUUUCGUACGUGGGUUUGCCGUUCUGUUUGUGCUUGUGCUCUAGAGUGAAGUGUGAAGUGUGGAAGCAGACAUGGCAUCGAAGGUUCCAUUUGUGACGCUUAACAACGGGCAGAAGAUUCCCAUGCUCGGGCUGGGAACCUGGGGCUCCCCUCCCGGCGAGGUUGCCCAGGCCGUGAAGGAUGCGAUCGAUAUCGGGUACCGCCAUAUCGAUUGUGCCCACGUUUACCAGAACGAGCACGAGGUGGGCGAAGGGGUGAAGGCCAAAAUCGACGAAGGAGUCGUGAAGCGUGAGGAUCUCUUCAUUACCAGCAAGCUGUGGAACACCUUCCACCGGCCCGAUCUGGUCGAAGGUGCUUGCCGUACGACGCUCAAGAACCUCGGGCUGGAGUACAUCGAUCUGUACCUGAUUCACUGGCCGAUGGGUUACCGUGAGGGGGCGGAACUGUUCCCGCAGGACGCGAACGGCAAAACCGCUUACUCGGACGUGGAUUACGUCGAUACGUACAAAGCGAUGGAAAAGCUGGUCGGACUCGGACUGGUGAAAAGCAUCGGCAUUUCCAACUGCAAUUCGAAGCAGGUGGAGCGUGUCCUGGCAGCGGCCACCAUUAAGCCGGUUACCAACCAGGUCGAAUGCCAUCCGUACCUGACGCAAAGCAAACUGUCCCCGUUCUGUGCCGAGCGUGGGCUGGUGAUUACUGCGUACAGCCCGCUCGGUUCGCCGAACCGUCCCUGGGCCAAGCCGGACGAUCCGCAGUUGAUGGAGGAUCCGAAGAUUGUCGAGCUGGCGAAGAAGUACAGCAAAACGCCGGCACAGAUCCUUAUCCGCUAUCAGAUUCAGCGCGGUCAUGUGGUUAUUCCGAAGUCGGUGACGAAAUCGCGCAUCGCGUCCAACUUUGAUGUGUUCGAUUUCGAGCUGACCAAGGACGAUGUGGCGCUGAUCGAUACGUUCGACUGCAAUGGACGGCUGGUACCGAUCACGAGUGCUGCCGGACAUCCGCAUCAUCCGUUCGAGAACGACGAGUUUUAAUAUGUUGUUACAUCAUUGUGAAUUUAAAUUUGAAAGCAUCACUUAACCGUUUAAUAAAUCACCUACAUAGAGCGUAUACAUUCCUUGGCUUUGUAUAAUUGGAAUACAAAGUGAAGUAAAAAAACAAACA